GUUAUGUGAUAUAAUUAAUGUGUGCUGGCUCCUUUAAGAGAUCGUCACGUAAUGAUGAUGUCAUCAGCGCCAGACUAGUUCGUCAGUUGUUUAUAGGAAGCCAUCAAGCCCUCAUUGCAGCUCUGCUAAUCGUAAUUCAUCUGCUACAUUUCAUGUUCUUUCGAAGGCAUUGUUGUCAGCCAUUAAACGAAGUGAAUUGGAUGUCUGCUUCAGUGUGGUGAUUGGUAGAGGAGUUGUCUGUCUGUCAACUGGUGCAAGGCGUAUUAGGGUGACAGAAUAGUAAAACAACAUCUUCAUGCAGACUGAUCUACAGCAGAAAAGGUCAGGGUGUCUCCUUGUGGUGGAAGAGAGAAAGGCAAUUAUAUGACACAUAAUCGGACUCCCUUUACACUAUGGAAGAUUCAAAGACCCCAACUCAUAGCACUUUAGUGACCUGGUCUAAUCGGUCAAUGUCAUCCAAACGUUCAAAAGGGUCUUCUGUCAGUUCUGCUAUUGCCUUAGCCCUUGCUGAAGCUGAAGAAGCCAAAGUUAAAGUAGAAUAUGCAGAGAAGGAAAUGCAUAUAAAGAUGCAAAGUGCACACUUGGAUGCAGAAAAGGCACGUUUAGAGGCACAAUUAUUUGUUUUAGACGUUGAAAGGAAAGCUGCUGCUGCAGUAGCUAAGGCUGAAGCACUAACUGCAGCCCUAAGUUGUGAUAAAGAAUCAAGUCGGAAAUCUGACAUUGAAUACAGAUCUGGCUCUCACGAUUCUAUCCUAAGAACAAAAGAGUAUGUUCAAGAACAAGCUAGACUGCAAGCUAACGCCCAGUUAGAUCCAUCUGAGAUGUUGGAGGAUGCAUGGCCACCGCCGCCACCAGCAGAAUUAUUUCAAGAGAACUUGAUGGAACGGCCAUCCUAUGAAAUUGAGGGUUUCGACACAAACAAAGACUACAGACGUUAUGAUACCUCUAAAGUCAUUUUUGAGGCUGAGUCGCAUCUCUUUGGUGCUCAUUCAAACACAUCGGCUGGUUACGCUCUCUAUCCGGAUGCUCAACCUCCAUAUGUAAAAUCCGCUCCUGCCAUCAAGACAGAACAGGAUCCUUACCCAUGUAAUAUAAGGCUGCCUGAUGAGACAUGUCACAGGCCCACCUAUUCACAUUCUAACAUGCAGUCAUCAGGAAGGGCUCCAAAUGCCCACAGUUAUCCACAAGUUAAAUCAUAUGCUGCGACUCCAUCUCAACAUGUCCAAUUUCGGGCUAGUACUCCUGAUGUAAAUCAGAGUGUUACCGAUCUCGUCAGAUUCAUGGCGCGGCGAGAGAUUGUUUCAACAAGUCUACUAUCAUUCGAUGAUCGCCCUGAAAAUUACAGAGCAUGGAAGGCAUCAUUCUUAACUGCCAUCAGAGAUCUUAAUCUCACGGCUAAAGAAGAGAUGGAUCUAUUGAUCAAAUGGUUAGGUGCAGAUUCUAGAGAACAAGCAAAACGUAUAAGAGCAGUUCAUAUCAAAAACCUAGACAGAGGUCUUCAGAUGAUCUGGGAACGGUUAGAUGAUUGUUUUGGAGCACCUGAGGUCAUUGAGAGUUCAUUACUCAGGAGACUAGAUGGUUUCCCAAGGAUUUCAAAUAAAGAAACAAACAAACUUAGAGACUUAGGAGACCUCCUCAUGGAACUCCAAGUGGCAAAAUCUGAGGGAGUGCUAUUAGGUCUCGCCUGUUUGGACACUGCACGGGGCAUAGCUGGUAUAGUGCAAAAGCUACCAUUCAGUCUGCAAGAGAAAUGGAUGGCUCUAGGCUAUGCAUUCAAACAACGGCACAAAGUCCCCUUUCCCCCGUUUUAUGUACUUGUUAACUUUGUCACAGAACAAGCAAAGAUGAGGAAUGAUCCCAGUUUUGUUCUUCCUCUUCAUGCCGACAAUCCAAAGCCAGGAAGCUUUAAGAAUGUUAACAAAGCUUCAAUCUCAGUACACAAGACCGAUGUUUUUCCAGAGAGAACUGUAACUGGUGAAACCCAAAAUGUUGAUAUAGAUGUGGCUAAAUUCUGCCCUAUACAUAAAAAACCACACCCUUUGUACAAAUGCCGUGGGUUUAAAGAGAAAUCAUUUGAAGAUAGGAAGGCCUUUUUGAAGCAGAAUGGGAUUUGUUUUAAGUGUGUAGCAUCCACCACACACUUUGCAAGGAACUGCGAAAAGCUCAUCAAGUGUUCUGAAUGCGGCAGCGAAACACACCAUUCCGCUUUGCACCCAAAAUCCAUCUCUCAGCCUGUUAAAACCCACAUCCAGACCAAAGAUCAUGGCGGGGAGAAGGAACCCUCCGAAGAUGUAGUGUCGACUAAGUGUACAGGAGUCUGUGGUAGUAAUCUUAGUGGCAAGACAUGUUCAAAGAUUUGCCUUGUGACAGUGUUUCCAAGUGGUCAGCGAGAGAAAGCGAUCAAGGUGUACGCCAUCAUUGACGAUCAAAGCAACCGAUCCUUGGUGAGAUCGAAAUUCUUCAGUGUCUUUGACAUGGACGGCAACAGAUCCUCCUACUAUCUCAAAACGUGUGCAGGGAUGAUCCAAACAAGUGGUAGAAGAGCACAUGGAUUCCAGGUGGCAUCUAUUGAUGGUCGGGUCGUUCAUACUCUGCCAACCUUGAUAGAAUGUGAUAACAUCCCAGAUAAUCGGUCUGAGAUACCCUCACCACAAAUUGCUCUUCAUCAUCCACAUCUAAAAGGCAUUGCAGCACAGAUUCCAGAGGUUGAUUCAAAGGUUCCAAUUAUGAUGCUGUUAGGUAGGGAUCUCAUAGAGGUACAUAAGGUGAAGAGGUACAUUAAUGGCCCCCCUGAAGCUCCAUAUGCUCUGAAGCUGGACCUGGGCUGGGUCAUAGUUGGUGACGUGUGCCUGGGCAGAGUUCACAAGCCGGAAAGUGUUAACACUCUCUUCACCAGCACCUUGGAUAGUGGUCGUCAGUCACUGUUUAAGCCGUGUCCUAAUGUCUUUUAUAUCAAGGAGAAUGUUUGUGAUGUAAAGCCCUCAAGUUCUUGUACUGCUAUUCCACUGAAGAAGCCUGUAUGGAAAAGGGAUGACCAUGUAGAACAGGACAUCUUCAAGAGAACAAAGGAUGAUGAAAGAUUGGCUCUUUCAGUUGAGGAUUUGGCUUUCCUUCAUAUAAUGGAGAAAAGCUUUUACAAGGAUGAGAAGCACAGCUGGGUAGCUCCCCUUCCGUUCAAACUCCAGAGGCAGCGCUUACCAAACAACAGGUCACAAGUUUUAGAUCGUUUCAGAUCUCUACAGCGAUCUUUUGCUAAGAAGCCAAUCAUGAAAGAGCACUUCUUUACAUUUAUGGAGAAGAUACUGGAAAGAGGUCACGCCGAAGUAGCACCACCACUUAACCAUCAAGAAGAAUGUUGGUACUUGCCUCUCUUCGGUGUGUACCACCCAAAGAAGCCAAACCAGAUUAGAGUCGUCUUUGAUUCAAGCUGUCAGUAUGAUGGUGUCUCACUUAACGACGUUCUUCUGAAGGGACCCGACCUGAAUAAUGGACUGCUUGGAGUACUUUUGCGCUUCAGAAAGGAGGCAGUAGCGAUUACCACAGAUAUACAACAAAUGUUUCAUUGUUUUCUUGUUAGGCCAGAAGAUAGAAAUUUUCUUAGGUUCUUCUGGCAUGGAAAUAAUGAUCCAGAGCAAAACAUCAUUGAGUUCAGGAUGAAAGUCCAUAUCUUCGGUAACAGUCCUUCUCCAGCCGUCGCAAUCUAUGGCCUUAGACAGGCAGUGAAGGAAACUGAGACAGAGUUCGGAACAGACGUCCUAAAGUUCAUAGAAAGAGAUUUCUAUGUGGACGACGGCUUAAAAUCUCUACCCUCUGCAACAGCUGCCAUUGAUCUCCUUAAAAGGACACAAGAAGCACUUGCUCGCUCCAAUCUAAAGUUGCAUAAAAUUGCAUCAAACAGUGAGGAAGUUAUGAAUGUAUUUACAUCUGAAGGUGACUGCCGAGAUUCAAAGGACAUGGACCUGGACAAAGACACAUCGUCAGUCCAGCGUACUUUAGGAGUUAGCUGGAAUCUCAAAACUGACACAUUUACAUUUCAGCUGUCCAAUGAUGUGAAACCGUUUACACGCCGUGGCGUUCUCUCUACUGUGAAUGGGUUAUAUGACCCAUUCGGGUUUGCAGCUCCGGUUGUUAUUCAAGGCAAAGUUCUGAUUAGAAACCUCACAAGUGACUCACUGGACUGGGACCUACCCUUACCCCUGGAGAAAAGGGAAUCCUGGCAAAAAUGGAGGGACUCCCUUCAAGAGCUUCAACAGCUCCAAAUCCCUAGACCCUACACCAAAACCUCUCCAUCAGAAGCUUCACAUAGAGAGCUCUGUGUCUUCUCAGAUGCUUCAGUUAUGGCUAUAGCUGCAGUAGCUUAUCUCAAAAUUCUGGACAUGGAGGGAAAGUGCGAAACAAGUUUCAUCUUAGGGAAAGCCAGGCUGGCGCCUCGCCAAGAGUUGACAAUCCCUCGCCUUGAGCUCUGUAGUGCAGUGUUGGCCGUAGAGGUGGCUGACAUUAUAAUGGCAGAGUUGGAUGUUAAGUUUGAUAGAGUAACCUUUUUCACAGACAGCAAAGUGGUCCUCGGUUACAUCUAUAAUGAAAAACGCAGAUUCUAUGUCUUUGUGAAUAAUCGAGUUCAAAGAAUAAGAAGCAGUUCGCACCCUCAGCAAUGGCAUUAUGUUCCAAGUGCCCAGAAUCCAGCCGACCAUGCAACAAGGUCUGUGCCUGCAGAUCGUCUAAAAGAUACAACAUGGCUUACUGGUCCACCAUUCUUGUCCUGCUCUAAUCAGGAAUAUAACACUUCAGGUCAAUUUGAUCUUGUGGAGCCAACCAGUGAUGUUGAAGUUCGCCCUGAGGCAACAGUGCUCACUACCCAUAUCAAAGACAGCCAGCUUGACAUUCAAAGGGAAUUCAACCAAAAAUGUGGAAAAUUGCAAAGGUUGGCAUUGUUGUAG